UAUUCUGUGAACCAGAUCUUUACCGCAUCCCAAGAAGAGAAGUUGAAGGAAUAUUUUUCGCAUUGCGCUCUUCUGUUUUACGGAUUAACUGCAAGAGAAUGUCGUCAAGUGGCGUAUCAAUGUGCUAAGCUAAAUAAUAUAAAGAUGCCUAAAUCUUGGACAGACAAUGAAAUGGCGGGUAAGGACUGGUUAACUUUGUUCAAACGUAGGAACAGGUUUUCUUCCAGGAGACCAGAACCUUGUAGCCUAGCAAGAGCUACAGCCUUCAACCGAAACAACGUCAAUAAUUUUUACAAUAAUUUAGAAGAUCUGAUCAAGAGAAACUCGGCUUUUGCAAAUGGUACCCGUAUAUUUAAUCUGGAUGAAACAUCAACGACAACAGUGCAAAAGCCUCAAAAAGUAAUAGCACCAUUAGGCAGAAAAUGCAUUGGAAAAGUCACAAGUGGUGAGAGAGGAACUUUGGUAACCACAUGCUGCAUUGUAAGUGCCAGCGGCAACGCUUUGCCACCAGUUAUGAUAUUUCCUAGGAAAAAAUUCAAAGAUCAUAUGAUCAAAAACACACCUGCAGGAACACUCGGCUUAGCAACGCCUAGUGGAUGGAUGAACGCGGAUAGUUUCACAGAAGUAAUGAAACAUUUUAUCAAGCAUACGAACUCUUGCAAAGAAAAUCCUAGUAUGUUGGUAAUGGAUAACCACGAGUCACAUUUGAGCAUUGAAGCCAUACAGUUGGCAAAAGAUUGUGGAGUCAAUCUCCUCACUAUUCAUCCCCACACUUCGGGGAAAUUACAACCACUUGACGUGGGAGUAUUUAGCGCGUUCAAAGUAUAUUAUAAUGCUGGCAUCGAUUCCUGGCUUAUGACACAUCCUGGAAAGCCUGUUACCAUAUAUGACUUCUUAAAGCAAUGA